CAGUCAGUAGACAGUCGAUCUGUCCGGUCAGCUGGUUUCGUUCAUUCGCGUGAUACAAGAGCUUCCCGAUGGUAAGCCCAUCUCGAGCGACCUGAUAGAUCCCGGUGCCGAUCUCCCGGUGUACCUUCGAAGAGAUCCUCAAAUAGAUCAGAUCGAUCGGAGAUAAUAUCGGCGGCCCGGUCGCAUGUGCGCGAGUGUGCAGCAUCUCCACCGGAAACACCAACGACACGGUGCGAGGGACCAAGUCAUCCUUAGAAGAGGAAAAGACGACAACGAGGGAGGAAGAAGAGGGUAGCGACUCAGGAAGGAGAGGUGCGCGCGCGCGGUCAGACAGGAAAUGACUAUAUCGUACGCGAGCGAAGUGCCGAACGGCUCCAGCUUUGGCUGCUUCUGGAGGAUUCUGAUCAAAUGGCGUGGCUCCGUUUACAAGCUAAUUUGGCGAGAACUACUGGCAUAUUUGUUCUUCUACUACCUCAUCAAUUUUACGUAUCGAUACGUGCUCAAUGAACACCAGCGGGUAAUUUUCGAAAAGAUCCGCUAUUAUUUUGGCAACUCCAGCGAAUCCAUACCCAUGUCAUUCGUCUUGGGAUUCUAUGUGAGUCUUGUUGUAAAAAGGUGGUGGGAGCAAUAUAAGCUCUUGCCCUGGCCAGACAAUCUGGCCCUCUUCAUCAGCGCGGCUAUUCCUGGAAAUGAUGAGCGGGGGCGACUAAUGAGACGCAACAUCGUGAGGUAUGCUGUGCUCGCAUACGUCAUUACACUGCAAAGAAUUUCGCUUCGAGUUAAGAGGCGUUUCCCGACGCUUCAGCAUAUGGUGGAUGUAGGUCUGAUGAUGGAAUCGGAGAAGAAAAUCUUCGAGAUGAUGAACAAGAAGGCAGCCAUGUCCAAGUACUGGAUGCCGCUUGUCUGGGCGACUAACAUUAUCAAUAGGGCGCGGAAAGAGGCCCUGAUUACUAGCGAUCAAGUAGUGCAAACUCUUCUUGUCGAGCUCAGCGAUAUCCGGAAGAGGCUUGGCGCGCUGAUUGGUUACGAUACUGUUUGCGUUCCUCUAGUCUAUACUCAGGUGGUAACAUUAUCGCUGUACGCCUACUUCUUCUCAGCUUUACUCGGUAGACAAUUUGUUGCAAAUUCUGGAGGCGCCGGGAAGUAUGAGGAGCCGGACAUGUAUUUCCCGUUUUUCACGACGUUGCAGUUUUGUUUUUACGUCGGAUGGUUGAAAGUCGCCGAGGUAUUAAUUAAUCCUUUUGGCGAAGAUGAUGAUGAUAUCGAAUUGAACUGGCUGAUUGAUAGGCAUAUUAAGGCGGGUUAUAUGAUCGUUGAUGAGAUGCACGAGGAACAUCCGGAACUUUUGAAAGAUCAAUACUGGGACGAAGUCAUACCCAAAGAUUUGCCGUAUACAGUCGCCAGCGAGCAAUAUCGAAAAGAGGAACCCAAAGGCUCCGCGGAGCAUUACAAAGUAAAAGAUAGCGAUGCUCUUUAUGCAAAUGUUAUGCUAGGCACACAGAUUCAUAGUCACGUUCACCAUCGUAAGAGUCAUCAGGAUGAUAUGUACGCCGAUUACGAAAGUGUGGACACUCCGUUGGUAGAACGAAAGAAAAACGGAUGGUUCCAACGGCAGAUUACUCGAAUGGGCUCGGUACGCAGUUCCUCGACCACGUAUAGCAGUGGCGGUGGUUUCUUUGCAAGAAACAGACAUAACAGCGUAUACAGCAGCCCUGAGACCGGUGGUCUCCCGCAAACAAAUAAUCCCAAUCUCAAAAUGUCUUUCUACGAUCGUCUCGUGGGACGCAAGAGCAUUCGUAGUCAGCGAAUGGGUCGUCAAGGUACUCUGACGAAGUUGAACUCAGUACCAGUAUCCCUGAAGAACAGGCCGCGCAUACCGACUCCGGAUGUGACGAAGGAGGUGGUUGACCGUGAACACAGGCUGGCAUUGUCGGCCACCAAUGCGGCAAACAUCGGCGCCGGUGUGGUGGGCGUGAUACCAGCCAAUGGUCAUUAUCCAACCGAUCUGUCGGUGGUUGUGCUGUCGCCGAUACAGGAAACGGAAAGCACACCCGCUUCAGGAAAAUCUGGCGCGGCGGCCUUGGCGCAGGCCGUACUUUCGCCAACGUUGACAGGUGCCGGUUUGAUGACGCCAGUCACCUUGACGCCAGUCACCAUGAGCCACCUCACGCAGUUGGGUCUGAUGACAACGGCAACGACGACGGUGCCGCAUAUUAAUCAGGGCAACAGCGUCCAGGCGACGUUGACGGAAGUCAAUAGCAGCGAGGAAGAAGGUAGCGGAAGUGGCAGUAGUAGAAGCGGAAGUAUCACCGGCCACGAGGAUCGCUCGACGCCGUUGAUCGACAACAAUAACAGUCCGAUGGGUAGCAACGGCAGCUCACCCACUUUCGACAGUUACAACGAUCGUUCGCCGAUCCUAAUGAAACCUGAGAAUCUAGGCUACGUCGUUACCGCCUUACCCGGCGCGCAAAAUAUCGCGGUGGCGGACGCGCGAGGUAGACGAUCGGCAUCGCUGCCUGGUCCUCCGCCGAUCAUUCAAUCUGCUCGCGACGAUAGAAGCAUGUCGCUACCGCAAUCUCCGGGAUUGCAUUCCAGAGAAAUUCGCACUGCUUCGAACAUCCGGGAUGGUCUCACCAUCAUGGAUAGACUUACGUCUGGCAAUCAGGGCAUUCGAUCGAGGACUAACAGCUUCGGUCACGAUCUUUCCAGAUCUAAUCAACGGCUCCAGGAUACGUCGAGAAAGAUCAGUAGUGUAUCGUGUACCAACGCGUCACUCUCGAGCGGCUUGGGUUCAACGUCCUCGACCUUGUCCGCGAGUAUGCCUCCCGCGUCAACUGUCGCCGGUAGGGACAAGAGAGGUGAAGUUUAUGUUUGAUGGAGAAAAUCUACAACACGGAUUUUAACUCGUUUUGUUAAUUAGAAAAUACAGAGAACGCCUAUUGACGUUUCACAUUCAUCUCCGUACGUUCUGUGUACGAUGUAUAUUGUACGAUGUAUGUGUAUGAUGUAUAUUGUAUAUGCAUUGCAUAUAGCAUCUAUAUGGAAACUAUUUCCUCUUGAUUUAGUAUCGACGAGAUUAUUUACGUAUCAAUUUUGCCUAAAAGUAUAUCUCGUGUUUUCGUUUAUAGAAAACGUAGUAAAAUUUUAUGCUUUUAUAAUUAAAACUCUUGUUUAUUUUCUCUUAAUUUUUUAUUUAUUUGUAGAGGUAACUCUUUUUAACAAAUGCGAGAGAUAAUAUGAAUACUCUGGACAAAUAAGGAAUAGCUCACGCCAUUCUGUUUUCUAUAGUUUCUUAUCUAUUAUAUAUAUAUAUAUAUAU